AUGAAAAUUGGGAGAAGAGAUGGGGAAUAUGAAAAGACGGAGCACGAGACGGAGCGGGGAGAAAAGUGGGCAGGUCUGGUGGACGCCUCUCCCCACCUCCUGCUCCGGCCCAGCCCGCGGGAGCGUGAUGCAGGGGCCAUGAUGAACUUCAACAUCGCUGUGAUCCACGCCGGGGCUACGGUGCAGGCAGAGGCGGCGGUGGCAGGGCCUGGGGGAAGGGUGCUCUACCCUGGUUUCGGCCGGGUAUAUGGCUCCCUGGGGGAGAGCGUGGUCACCCAGUGGGGCUCUGCUAACGUCAUCUGGCUACAGGUGAAUGACAGUAGUCCUAAGACAGUGCUGUCCCAGCUGUGUGAGCUGCUGGCGGCGCGGCCCCUGCAGGGUCUGGUUUAUGAAGAGGAGAGGCCACCUCGCACGGCCUGGGGUCCUUUGGCCCCCAUGCUGGAGUUUGUCUCUGCGCAAACAGGACUGCCCAUAGUGGCAGUAGGAGGGGGAGCGGGGCUGGGGAGGAUGCCACAGGAAUCAGGUUCCAUCUUUCUCCAGUUCAGCUCCUCUACUGCCCUCCAAUUAGAGGUCAUCUUUGAGGUGCUGGAGGAGUAUGACUGGACAGCCUUUUCCGUGGUGUCUACGCGUCACCAUGGCUACCAGGAUUUCCUGUCUGUGGUUGAGGGCCUGACGGACGGCUCGUUCAUCGGCUGGGAGAAGAAGAGUGUGGUGAUCCUCAACGUGACUGACGACCCUGGGGGGGCACGCACGCGCAGGCUGCUGAAGGAGAACGAGGCGCAGGUACGUUUGCUGUACUGCUCCCAGGAGGAGGCUGAGCUGGUCUUCCGAGCUGCCUGGGCCGCCGGUCAGGCCGGAGCCUCACACAUGUGGUUUGCUGUGGGGCCAGCUCUCUCAGGUUUGGGCACGGAGAACCUGCCCCGGGCUCUAUUUGCCGUGCGGCCCCAGGGAUGGAGGGAUGAACCUCGCCGGAGGAUUGCUCGGGGUGUGUCUGUGCUGACUCACGGGGCAGUGGCAACACGCAAGGAUUACGGGACCACGGGUGGGCCAAACUUUGUCACCAACUGCAUGACGGAUGCCAAUCAGACCCAGAGACUGCGGGGCAGGAUGAGGUAUUUCAGCAACAUCACGCUUGGUGGCCGUGACUACUCCUUCAAUAGUGACGGUUAUCUGUCCAACCCCUUCCUGGACGUAAUUUCCUGGACACCUGGACGCGGAUGGGAAGAUGUAGGCUGGUGGGAGAACGGCGUGCUGAGACUUCGGUACCCAGCCUGGUCCCGAUAUGGGCCAUUCCUUAAACCACCUGAUGAUGCCCAGCACCUGCGUGUUGUCACGCUGGAGGAAAGGCCAUUUGUCAUUGUGGAGCUGGCCGACCCCGCUUCCGGGACCUGCAUCCGUGACUCAGUGCCCUGCAGACGACCCCUUAAUGCUAGCGCAAUCCACGAGGGCGUGGCUCCCAUGAAGCAGUGCUGCAAGGGCUUCUGCAUUGACAUCCUCAAGAGAUUGGCCAAGAUUGUCGGCUUCACCUAUGACCUUUACUUAGUGACCAAUGGGAAACAUGGGAAGAAAAUUGAUGGGGUUUGGAACGGCAUGAUUGGAGAGGUGGUGUACAAGCGAGCGGACAUGGCCAUCGGCUCGCUGACUAUUAAUGAGGAGAGGUCAGAGGUAGUGGAUUUCUCUGUCCCUUUCGUGGAGACGGGGAUCAGCGUAAUGGUCUCCCGUAGCAACGGAACUGUAUCACCAUCCGCUUUCUUAGAGCCCUACAGUCCAGCAGUGUGGGUGAUGAUGUUCGUCAUGUGCCUGACCGUGGUUGCUGUGACUGUCUUCAUCUUUGAGUUCUUCAGCCCUGUGGGCUACAACCGCAGUCUCCAGACUGGCAAGAAGGCUGGAGGCUCUACUUUCACUAUAGGAAAGUCUGUAUGGCUUUUGUGGGCCAUUGUCUUCAACAACUCUGUGCCAGUGGAGAACCCCAGAGGAACCACCAGCAAGAUUAUGGUGCUGAUCUGGGCCUUCUUUGCUGUCAUCUUUCUGGCCUCCUACACUGCUAACCUGGCUGCCUUCAUGAUCCAGGAGGAGUACAUUGACACAGUGUCAGGCCUCUCGGACAAGAAGUUUCAGCAUCCCGAGGAGCAGUACCCACCUCUGAAGUUUGGCACAGUGCCCAAUGGGAGCACAGAAAAAAACAUCCGCUCCAACUACCCAGACAUGCACCAGUACAUGGGCAAAUACAACCAGAGAGGAGUGGAAGACGCCAUUCUGAACCUCAAGACCGGGAAACUGGAUGCUUUUAUUUAUGAUGCUGCAGUAUUGAACUAUAUGGCCAGGAAGGACGAAGGUUGUAAGGUGAUGACCAUAGGCUCGGGGAAGGUUUUUGCCACCACAGGCUACGGUAUCGCCCUGCACAAAAACUCACGCUGGAAACGUCCUCUUGACCUAGCUCUGCUGCAGCUGGUGGGAGAUGAUGAGAUUGAGAUGCUGGAGCGCCUCUGGCUGUCCGGUAUCUGCCAUAAUGACAAAAUUGAGGUGAUGAGCAGUAAACUGGAUAUUGACAACAUGGCCGGGGUCUUCUACAUGCUGCUGGUGGCUAUGGGCCUCAGUUUGCUUGUGUUUGCGGGAAAACACUUGGUCUACUGGAAACUGCGCCACUGCAUGGCCACCAGUUCUGGCAAAUUGGACUUUCUCCUGGCAAUCAGCAGAGGCAUGUAUAGCUGCUGUAGCUUUGAGGAUGAAACAGCGCCAGGUGGAGCUAAAUCUUUGCCCACUCAUCACCAUACUACAAUGGUUACAGUUCCAUCCCAGCCACAUGUUGUCUCAACGUCUAUGACCAACCCAGCCAUUGCCAUGGCGCAACAGCAGCAACCACCGCAACAGCAACAACCGCAGCCCGUAUACAAAACACCUCUACCGGGCUCUCCUCCCACCGUGGUGCAUUCUGGGACAGCACUGGGUCCCUCCAACACCCCCAUUGCUGGUGCACCCCUCCCUUGCUCCACCUUCCUGCCCCGGCCAGACCGCAGACUGGCUGUGGUGGAUCGCUGGAGGCUGCCCAAAUCGGCUACAGCCACCAACCCAAUGGCUGUAAGGGGGGGCAUCACUGACAUGGGACCCUUUGCUCAGAAAGUCCCACCAAACUGGGCUUCAACUGCUGGAGGGGGCGGGGGACUUGAUGGUUAUAAGAGAUACUAUGGUCCCAUUGACCCUGAGGGACUGGGGCCCUGCAUGGAGCAGCCGGCAGGGUCCCAGACCCCCAAGACUAUGCCCAGGGGGGCCGUUAAACCUCUGGGCACUCCCAGAUUGCCUCCUAAGAGUCAGGCCCCUCUGCCUCCUACACCCCCGCUGCCACACCCCUCUCCCCCUCUCCCCUCAUCCUUCUGGAGGAAGCGCCGGCCCAAGAAGCCCAAAGAGCCUGGAGGGCCAUUAUAUGAGAACAUUCUGCCCCUGGGGCGGAGGGGAGAAGCACGAGAUGGAGUGAGGGAGGGAGGAGGGAGGAGGGCACGCCCCCUCUCUCCCCCGCUCUCACUUCCUGUGCCAGUACCCCUCAGCCCCUCUUACACCCCUCCUUCUCCCUCUGCAUCCUUGCACUAUACAUCCUCAUCCUCUUCGUCGACCACUUCAUCUACGUCCACGUCCUCAUCUGCCUCAUCUUCUCGCUCCACCUCUCCCACCUACUCUUACAGCUCCUCCAGGAGCACACGAGACAGGACUGGAGGAAUGGAUGGAGAGGAUGAUGAUGACGAUGAGGAGCUGACGGAAGAGUCAAGCCUCCUCCUUGGUAGGGGGAGGGAGAGGGAACGCUCAAUCAUCCGGCCUCGUUCCCUUAGCCACGGCCGCCUGCCACCACCCAUACCCCCCAGGAAACCACGCACAUCCUGGGGGGACAGAGAAAGGGAUCGCGAGAGGGAGAGAGGGGGAAGCCAACUGUCUCAGCUCCAAGAGUGGUGGGCAAGCUGGAGUGAGAGAGAGAGGAGUGGAGGGGGUGGAGAUGCUGAGAGGCAAAAAAGGGAAAAGAAGAGGAGAAAAGAGAAGGAGAAAGAGAAGAAGAAAAAGAAAAAGAACAAAAAGAGGAAAAAAAGGGAAGAAAGGGAAAGAGAGCGCGAGAGAGAACGGAAGCGGCGAAAGGUGAAAAAGAAGAAGAAGAAGGCACUUAAGACAAAGAAAAGGAAGAAAUCAACUGGGGGUAGACGCUCUGAGCCAGAGGAGGGAGAUGUAGAGCCAGAGAGAGAAGGAGAAGCAGAAGGAGACAGGGAAGGAGGAAUACAAGACUACUCUUCCUUCUCUGCCCAGUAUCGGAGCACAUUUGGGGAGAAGGGACGGGAUUCAUGGGAAGGAGAGCGGGAGAGAGGUAGGAGAGAAGGGGGAGAUGAGGGCAAUGACAGGGAACAGGAGGAUAGCAGCAGAAGCAGGGAGAGGCGUCCCAAAUCCUCACGCUCUCAUUCAAGACAUCAUACCCCCAAUAAACGCUACCCUAACCUCAAUAAACUCCCUGCAUCUGUCAAAUUUUGGGUAAAUGGAAGAGGAGAUGAUUCUAACACCCCUCCAACAUCCCUGCACCCACUUCUUCCAUCCUCCAAACGGAGAAGAAGUGGAGGGAUGGACAGAGAAGACAGUGGGGGAAGCAGCACUGGAAUAGGGGGCAUAGGCGGAGGAGGGUGGUUCUUCGGCACCUACCCCUCCAGAGAGAAAGGAGGCAGUAUCAACAGUCGGGAUGAUUCCUUACUAGGAACUCGGGCAGAGGGUUGGAUUGGUGCUGAUUUCUGGGGUUCAGGGCCAGGAGUAGGUUGGGGGUCAGGGGGAGGGAGUGGGGGGCUCGGCACGCAGUGUCCGCCACCCCCCGCAGCCUUCCCUCCUCCUAGAAGAUACUGGUCUAUGGACAAAAUCCCUGUGAAAGGAGAGAAAAAGUGGAAGAGUGGAGGAGGGAAGAGCAAGGGGCGAGCUAGGGACAGAGGGGAAGACGCAGGACGGGCCACUAUGUGUUCCUGUAGCCUUUACCCCCAACCACAUCCUUACCCACAUCCACACAGUCGCUCGCACACCUCCCACUCCAAGAGAGGAGCCACGGCCCUUUCCCAUAGCCAGGAAGAGCUUCUCCCCCACUGCCACAGCUUCAGCGGGGGUUCUCGCCCCAAACCUCUGCCCCCCAAACCAGAUCCCAGUCAGGCCAAAUCAGGCAGCCAAUCUAACCUCAGCCUCAGCACACAGCCCACAGACCAUCCGCCGCAGCCCUCACCGUCACCACCCCAGCAGCCGUCCAUGUCUCCCACCUCCCUCCCGAUGCCCAUCCCGCCUCCGCCCUCCUCAUCCUCCGUCUCACCACCAGCAGGGGUAGGGAUGGCAGGCCAGGGCCAGGCUCAGGCUUCGGCCAGUGCCAAACUCCAGUAUCAGAGACUGCGCUCGGUGCCACAGCCACGGAGGUUCUACUCGCCCCACCUGCCACUCAAAGCCAAGAGCCUGUGCUCACGCCGAGGGUCGGCCCACUUCUCCAGCCUGGAGAGCGAGGUAUGA